AUGUCGUCCUCGCCCUACAACCUCCGCAAAUCCUCCCUCCCCUCCGCAAAAGCCCGUAACCUCUCGACCUACAUGCAAGACCUCUACACCGAAGGCCGCACCGCCAGCCCCCGCAAGAGACACAAACUCGCCAACGAACUCAUAGCCAUCAUGGAACGAAGACGAGCCCGUUCGCCCUCAAUCUCCGACGCGACGAUCAUGGUAGCCAACGAGAUCGUCUCCGUGGGGCGUCCGCCGGAGUGGCACAUCGCGCGCCAUCAGAUGGAUCUGUUCCAGGAGUGGGAGGAGGCGAUGGGGAUCACGAGGGAGGACUUCGAGAGGGAUGUGGAGUUUAUUCCCUGGUUGGGGAUUGAGGACGCGGUGCCGAAGAUGAUGGGGCAGUUUGGGGUUGUUGAUAUGGUGGGGCCGAUUCAGGGGAGGAGUUUGACGGCGAAGAGGCUGGAUGGGAAGGAGAUGGGGCCGGAGCGGGUUCCUAGCGUGGAGGAGAUGAGUUGGAGGGAGUGGAGGCGGUUGUCGAGGGCGUGUAAUCUGUUGCUGGAGGCGGUGGAUGGGCUUCCUUGGGGGUGGGAGAUGGAGGAUGCGGAGUGGGAGGCGUUCUCCAGGGCUGGGGAGUUGUUCAAUGGGGAUCAAUCAAGGGAUCUCAGGGAGCUGAGUGCUUUGUAUAAAUGGGAGAAUGCUUGA